UUAAAAAUCAUGGUCUUGAAUUUUUACCUUAAAUAAUUAAGUCAUAAAUAAAAUGAAAAUGACAAUUUGCAUAAUUGAAACACAUGUACGUAUAGUAACUUUAUACUAAACCAAGAAUUGACAUUGAAGGUUUUGGAUUCCAACCAACAGUUUCAAGGAAUGGAAAUGAGAUUCAAAAAUAAAUCUUAUUAUUACGUUGACUCCGGAACGCUAAAGGAACACUAUGAAAGUACUGUCAUCGAUAGUAGCAGGGUCAUCGAGCACAGCGCUCUAUAUAACACGACCACCAAAUACGGUAACGUAAGGAAUGUCAUAUCAAGCGCCUCCGUGUCCGAUGACUUCGAUUGUCUCGUAUACUUCUCUGCCGAUGGUGUCCCUGGAUUUAAGCAGUCAUCCAGAGAUUUUGUGCCUGAUGAUCGAUCAAUCCAAACAACACUUUACGUGUACAACCAGGUGAGUGGUACUUACAAAGUAGGUGACGACGUGUCCGUUCACUGCGAUUAUCGCCUCAAAGCUAAAGACUUUCUCUUUGAUCGACGAGUUUAUAAAGACAACAAACUUUUCUAUAGAUACGUCAACAAAGAUCAGAGUAAUUAUACACUAUUAGCCACUGAUAUAAAGGACAAUUUAACUAACUAUAACAAACUACCCUGGAACAUUCAGAAUAUUUCAUGGCUCAAAGUGGUGUCGACAAUGUUAGGUUGGAUUCCGAUGCCAACAAUACGCUAA